GUACUUUCUCUCUCUAAAAAAACAAGAACAAGAAGAAGAACAAAAAUACAAUAUUAAAUCCAAAACCAUUAGAAUCCUACUCAACAAUCUUCUAGUGUUGUCAAUGGAGAGUGGUCAAAUCGAGUUUUUGUCGCGCACAUGGACAAUUUCAUCCCUCGGAGUCUCUAAGCCGGCUUUUCCUCACAAUGUGGCCGCCACCCGAGCCUCAAACGAUGACUUUCCGGCCACCCUCCCCAUCUCCGGCAACCCCUUUUCCUUUGCUUCUUCCGAAACUUCCAAGCUUGUCUUGGACCGUAUUAUGUCACAAUCCCGCGAGGUAUCACCACGCACUUCAGGAAGACAAUCUUUGUCGGACAGCCCUCCUGUUUCCCCCUCUGCUGAUAUAUUGGAAGAUCAUAAGAAUUGUUUGUUAAGCAAUUCGACCGGCAACAACCAAUCGAAGAGUUGCACCGCCGCGACUGUCUCCAGCGGAAAAACAGUCGGGCGGUGGUUGAAGGAGCGGAGAGAAAAGAAGAAAGAAGAAGUGAGAAUGCAGAAUGCGCAGCUCCACGCCGCCAUUUCUGUGGCGGGCGUGGCUGCCGCAGUCGCCGCAAUUGUUGCAGCCACGGCUGCGUCGUCUUCCCGGACGGGAAAGGGCGAGCAAAUUACAAAGACCGACAUGGCUGUUGCAUCUGCCGCCACAUUGGUUGCCGCACAAUGCGUUGAAGCGGCCGAGGGAUUGGGCGCGGAGCGCGACCACUUGACUUCGGUGGUGACCUCGGCUGUCAAUGUCCGGUCGCCCAACGACAUCAUGACCUUGACGGCUGCCGCCGCUACAGCUCUUCGGGGUGUCGCAACAUUAAAGGCUCGGGCAUUAAAGGAAGCAUCCAAUGUUGCAUCGACUAUCCUGGAAGACAAAAUGACGAGCAACAAUGGAUGCUCGAAUGACAAUUUGAACGAAAAAUUUGCCUCUGGAGAAAAAUUCCUUGGAAUUUGUAGUCGAGAGCUCCUUGCCGGCGGAGGCGAGCUACUUAAGCGAACUCGAAAGGGUGAUUUACAUUGGAAAAUAGUGUCAGUUUACAUCAACAAAUUGGGACAGGUGAUGCUAAAGAUGAAGAGUAGACAUGUUGCUGGGACAGUCACCAAAAAGAAAAAGAACAUUGUGGUCGAGGUGUUGAAGGAUAUUCCGGCGUGGCCUGGCCGUGAAGUCGUGGAGGAUGGCGAGCAACGGAGAUACUUUGCGCUAAAGACAGUUGCACGAGGUGUAGUUGAGUUCGAGUGCAUGAACCUAAGGGAGUAUGACAUAUGGACUCAAGGGGUUUCGAGGUUGCUCGCCAUUACAACAACAUAUAAAAACAACAACAACAAUAUUAUUUGAACUAAAACUAUAUAUAUAUAUAUGUAUGUAUAUGCAUUUUUUGUGUGUAAUAAGUGUAAGUGUUUAUGAUAGAUUUUGUAAUGUAUAUUGUAUGCAUGCAACCGAGCAAAAUGUUUGGGUUUCAAAUAUUCUUUUACU